UAGCUUUGCUGCCAACUAAAUAUAUCAGUGCUGCAGAGGGGACCUAGUUGACAUUUUUGAGGUGGUUUUGAUGCCAAAAUGCCAACCUUCGAUGAGAUUUUAGAGCAUAUUGGAGAAUUUGACAGGUUCCAGAAGCAAACCUUUUUUGUCCUAUGUUUGUUAUCUGUUUGCUUCACCCCAGUGUACGUGGGGGUCGUCUUCUUUGCGUUCACCCCUGAGCAUCGCUGCUCCAGCCCCGGGGUGGCUGAGCUGAGCCAGCGGUGCGGCUGGAGCCUGGAAGAGCAGCUGAAUCACACAGUUCCCGAGUGGGAUGGCCACGGGGGCAGCUUCAGCAGCCGCUGCAGGAGGUACGAGGUGGACUGGAACACCACAGGCAUCAGCUGCACUGACCCCCUCGGCAGCCUGGUGGGCAGUGGGAGCAGCGUGCCCCUCGGUCCCUGCCGGGAUGGCUGGGUCUACGACUCCCCAGGGAGCUCUCUCGUGACAGAGUUUGACCUGGUGUGUGAGGACUCCUGGAAGUUGGAUCUCUUUCAGUCUUCUGUGAACGCUGGUUUUUUUCUUGGCUCCAUAAAGAUUGGCUACAUUGCAGACAGGUUUGGCCGUAAAUUUUGCCUUUUAACAACAAUUGUUGUAAAUAUUGUGUGUGGAAUCCUUCUGGUCUUCGUGCCCACCUACCUGUGGAUAGUCAUCAUCCGGUUCUUGCAAGGGCUGGUCAGCAAGGGCUGCUGGACUGCAGGCUACAUCCUGGUGACAGAAGUGGUUGGCCCGGAUUACCGGAGGACGGUGGGGAUCCUCUACCAGGCGGCUUUCUCCGUCGGGCUCCUGCUCUUCGAUGCCAUCGCUUACGCCAUCCCUCACUGGCGGUGGCUGCAGCUCACGGUCACCCUGCCGACCUGCUUCCUCCUGCUCUACUACUGGUGCCUCCCAGAGUCUCCCAGGUGGCUGAUAUCUCAAGGAAAAAAUGACAAAGCCAUGAAAAUUGUCAGCGAUAUAGCUAAAAAAAAUCGGAAAAAGAUGCCUUCCCAUUUUAAGGACAUUAAAUUUGAAGAGGAAGAUUGUGGAAAGCAGAAUCCAUCACUGAUGGAUCUCUUCAGGACACCACAGAUAAGAAGAAACACGCUCAUUUUGAUGUACAACUGGUUCACGAGCUCCAUCCUCUACCAGGGGCUCAUCAUGCACAUGGGAAUGGCUGCUGAGAACAUUUAUCUGGAUUUUCUCUAUUCUGCACUUGUUGAGUUCCCAGCUGCCUUCAUCAUCAUCAUCACUAUUGACCGUGUCGGGCGGCGCUACCCCUGGGCCGUGUCAAACCUGGUGGCUGGGGCCGCCUGCCUUGCCACAGCCCUCAUCCCAGAGGACAUGCAUUGGUUAAAAGUGAUAACUGCUUGCAUUGGGAGAAUGGGAAUUACAAUGGCUUUUGAAAUGGUUUGCUUUGUAAACACAGAACUGUAUCCAACUUAUAUCAGGAAUCUCGGGGUGAUGGUUUGCUCCUCUUUGUGUGAUAUUGGUGGAGUCAUCGUCCCCUUCAUUGUCUACAGACUGGUGGAGAUCUGGCACGAUCUGCCACUGAUUGUCUUCACUGUGCUUGGUUUGAUUGCGGGUGGAUUGGUGCUCCUUCUGCCUGAAACUAAAGGAAGAGUUUUGCCUGAGACUGUGGAGGAUGUUGAAAACUUUCACAGGCAAAGUGCUCCAAAGACCAAAAAUAUCUAUCUCCAUGUCCAAGGAUCAGAAGCAGGACGUGGCUGAAGAAGGCGUAACUCUUGCUGGGUAGUCUCCUUUAGGGCAGUAGCGUGGAAAUGCCACUUAGAAUAAAUACUCUUUCAAAA